CGAGCAAGGGUGGGGUGGGCAGGGGUGCAGAAGAGAGGGAGCUUGGAGAGAGGGAUCCAAGGCAGAGGCCCACAUGGGCACAACACAGAGCAGUCCCCAGGAGUCUGCACAAACAGAAGCCCGGAAGGUGUAGGGACCUCUGUCUUAGCCUCACUGUCCCAGCCUGCCUACUGCCUGAACUUCUGGGAGCUGGCGACAGAACAAAGACUGAAGGAUGCGGACUCCAGGUGCGUGUUCGGCUUCUGUGGCGUCUCUGGUCCUGCUAUGGUUGCUGGGGUUGCCGUGGACCUGGAGUACAGCGGCGGCGCUAGGCGUUUACGUAGGCGGCGGCGGCUGGCGUUUCUUGCGCAUCGUCUGCAAAACCGCGAGGCGUGACCUCUUCGGCCUCUCCGUGUUGAUCCGUGUGCGCCUAGAGCUGCGGCGGCACCAGCGCGCCCGCCACACCAUCCCGCAGAUCUUCCAAGCGGUGGCACGGCAGCAGCCUGAGCACCUGGCGCUGGUGGACGCUGGCAGCGGCGCAUGCUGGACCUUCGCACAGCUGGAUGCCUACUCCAAUGCUGUGGCCAACCUCUUCCGCCAGCUGGGCUUUGUGCCGGGUGAUGUGGUGGCUAUCUUCCUGGAGGGCCGGCCUGAGUUUGUGGGGCUGUGGCUGGGCCUGGCCAAGGCGGGCAUGGAGGCCGCUCUGCUCAAUAUUAACCUGCGGCGGGAGCCCCUGACCUUCUGCCUGGGCACCUCGGGCGCCAAGGCCCUGGUCUUCGGAGAGGAGCUGGCAGUGGCGGUGGCCGAGGUGAGCGGACAGCUGGGCAAGAGCCUGGUCAAGUUCUGUUCUGGAGACUCGAGGCCUGAGGGCCUCUUGCCGGACACCCAGCUCCUGGAUCCGCUGCUGAAGGAGACCUCCACAGCCCCCCUGGCACAGCCCCCUGGCAAGGGCAUGGAUGAUCGACUCUUCUACAUCUACACGUCAGGGACCACGGGGCUGCCCAAGGCUGCUAUCGUCGUGCACAGCAGGUACUACCGCAUCGCGGCAUUCGGCCACCACUCCUACCGCAUGCAGGCAACAGACGUGAUCUAUGACUGCCUGCCCCUGUAUCACUCGGCAGGGAACAUCGUGGGCGUGGGUCAGUGUCUCAUCUACGGGCUGACGGUGGUCCUCCGCAAGAAGUUUUCAGCCAGCCGCUUCUGGGAGGACUGUGUCAAGUACAACUGCACGGUGGUCCAGUACAUCGGGGAGAUCUGCCGCUACCUGCUGAAGCAGCCCGUGCGGGAGGCAGAAGGGCAGCACCGUGUGCGCCUGGCCGUGGGCAACGGGCUGCGGCCGGCCAUAUGGGAGGAGUUCACCGAGCGCUUUGGCGUGCGCCAGAUCGGCGAGUUCUACGGGGCCACCGAGUGCAACUGUAGCAUCGCCAACAUGGAUGGGAAGGUUGGUGCUUGUGGCUUCAACAGCCGCAUCCUGCCCCAUGUGUACCCCAUCCGGCUGGUGAAGGUCAACGAGGACACCAUGGAGCUACUGCGGGAUGCCCAAGGCCUCUGCAUCCCAUGCCAGGCCGGGGAGCCCGGCCUCCUCGUGGGCCAGAUCAACCAGCAGGACCCUCUGCGUCGCUUUGAUGGCUACAUCAGCGAGAGCGCCACCAGCAAGAAGAUCGCCCACAGUGUCUUCUGCAAGGGUGAUAGCGCCUACCUAUCAGGUGUGCAGACCAUGGGAGUGGGCUGUAGGGGUGGCGGGUCAUCCUCUUACCUCCUCUUCUCCCCUCUGCCAGGUGACGUGCUGGUGAUGGACGAACUGGGUUACAUGUAUUUCCGGGACCGCAGCGGGGACACCUUCCGCUGGCGUGGGGAGAAUGUCUCCACCACUGAGGUGGAGGGUGUGCUGAGUCGCCUGCUUGGCCAGACAGAUGUGGCCGUGUACGGGGUGGCCGUGCCAGGAGUAGAGGGCAAAGCAGGCAUGGCAGCCAUCGCAGACCCUCACGGCCAGCUGAGCCCCAACGCGCUGUACCAGGAGCUGCAGAAGGUACUGGCCCCCUACGCCCGGCCCAUCUUCCUGCGCCUCCUGCCCCAGGUGGACACCACAGGCACCUUCAAGAUUCAAAAGACGAGGCUGCAGCACGAGGGCUUUGACCCACGCCAGACCUCGGACCGGCUCUUCUUCCUGGACCUGAAGCAGGGCCACUACCUGCCUCUGGAUCAGAGUGUCUACACCCGCAUCUGCUCGGGCGCCUUCUUCCUCUGACGCUCCUCUUCUGCCCGCCAGAGACAACCCUCAGGCGCAGCCAGCGAGUUGGGCUUGAGCCAGACAGCCCUGCCCUGUCCUGCCGCAGAGAAACUGGAUCCCAGGCGGAACCUGUGUUUCCCACCUUCACCGACCUCUCGCCUCGGGCUCCUGUGUGUGUGUGUCUGUGUGUAUCUCUCUCUUUUCCCUUCUUCUGGGCCUUCCUGCUGCCCUUGACCGCCCUCACCUUCCUCCCCCAUCUCCCCUCCCCUGCCAAAAGCAGAACAGACAGUUCCUGGAAGCCGCGGUUCCUGUGGGGGCCCGGCUGCCCUCAGAGCUUCCGAGGGGCCUCCCCAUUGGGUCGUAAACCUGGAAUGAGGCCUCUCCACCUCCCUCUCAGCUGUGCCUUAGCAAGACCCACCAGUCUAGGCCUCCCUAGGCUUCCCUAGGCGGCUGGAUUCCAGGAUUUGUAGUCCUGGGUGAACUCCAGGCAGGUCCCCCAUCCUCCUUGCUGAACUGAGGAGUGGUCUGCCUGGCCAGCCGGGGUGCAGGGUUGCUUCAGCCGGGGACCUGCACAUCAGCGGGAAAUCUCCCAGGCCAGUUGCCUUUUGCACUUCCUGUCCCUGGUGGGUCUCCCUUGCCUUGCCUCCCCUUCCUGAUGCCCUAGAAACUUCUGGAAUUGACUGUGACCGCUUGGAUGUUGCCCCCCCCACCACCACACAGACGGCCCUGUUCAGGCAUCUCCACGGAGCCCCUGCUGGAGGGGCCCUGAAGAUGGUGCUGGCUGGCGCCUCAGGCUGCUGCUCAGAUGCUCACCCCAGUGGAGACCCUGCUGGUGUGGCUGCUGAUGGGACCCAUGGGAGUGACAGCAGUGGGUUGGGCUAAGUGUCCAGGCUAGGGGUGGCAUCUGAGAUGGUCUCUCCGGGUCUCAGGGGUUCCAGCCUGUUGAAUGUCCCCGCCAGCCUUGUUAGUGAUAGCUUGAAUCUUUGGGUUGGUGACAUCCUGAGACCACCCCACUAGGAUAGCUCGGACAUCCCCAUCGGCUUCCUUGAUGACUCACCCCAGACACCCGUUGUUGGGGCCAGCUCCCCAGCUCGCCCCUCUGUCCCUCCCUCUGGCAGCACCGUCCGGCUCCUCGAACAUUGAGGCCAGUAGCAAGUGACCCUGUGGUGUUUCACAUGGGCCUUUCCAAGCACCAAGGUUUUGUUUCCUACUUGAGUUUAAGAAAUAAACCUGCAGAGUGUCUGGUGCCUGUUGGGAGCUCAGUCACUCACCGUUUGUUCCCAUGUGGCACAGAACCCUUUCUGAGUGUCAGAAGGCAGGACCCUCACUGGGGAACACCCGGUUGCCAGACAUGAGCCAAACACGCUUGGCCUUUUCUUACAGCUCCUAUUGUCUGUUCUACCUGCAAGGCCUCAGAGGACAGGGAGCACAUGAGUUAGUGUCCUCGCUACCUCCCUGCAGCCUCCAGGGCCUCCUGUAGGCUCAUGGUGAUAUUGGUGGUCUCAGGAGAGGGAGAGCCAAUCUGUCUAGGGGUUCCUGCAGGUGCACAGAAUGGCCCAGAACAGAGAGUUGCGGCACAUUUUGCUACCCCAAAAAACAUGCCUCUCGGUCCAGUGGGAAUGGCCAUGGCUCUGGGUAGAGCCACUGAGUCUAUGAGGGUAGCUGUCUGAGCUGGGAUUUGAACCUUGGACAUUGAGCUCCCAUCUUCUACUGUGUUGUGUCCCCCCCCCCCCCCCCCCGCCAAACACCUGCUUCAGAAUGACAGUCUGUCUUCAUCUUGUCUUCACUUCAAGGACCAGAGGAAGAUAAUCUUACGAUGAUGAAGUAUUUUCUAGGAGGGAGCACCAAGGAACAGUGGGGGUUGGGGGGGUGAACCAUUGAUGUGGGGGUUUGUCCUUGGAUGCCCACAGUGCAAGGGGAUGCAAGGUGGAGCCUUUGAAAUGCUGUGUGAGGAUGGAGAAGGAUCCAUUGCCGGUGGGGAUGGAGCGCCCCUAGUGUGCUGAUGGGCAAGUGCAUUCUGGAUAACCUCCCUUCACACAUCUGGCCACCUCCUGAAGUGUCAUCAUGGUCCCCGUUGUACAGAUAAGGAAACUGAAGGCACAGGGAGGGGAAUGAAGGCAUUGUCAGGGGCUCUGAUGAGAAAGUGGCCCAAUGGAGACCUUUUUCAUUGCAGAGCCUAUAACUCUGGCUACUGCAGCAUCAGAAGUUCCCUCCAAACUGGCAAGAAACUAACCCUGAUGCCUCCUAGGAUCUGGCUCUGUGUGUGUUUGCUUUUUAAAAUUAAUUUGUAGAGUUUAUUAGGGUGGUUUUAGGUUUACAAAAAAAGUGAAAGUACAGAGAGUUCCCAUGUAUCCUUUCACCCUUGUACCACUGUUUCCCCUGUUAUUAACAUCUGGCAUUAAUGUGAUACAUUUGUUCCCCUUAACAAUAAUUGCAAAGCAUUAUUGUAAAGGCCACAGUUAACAUUAAGAUUCACUCUGUUGGAGAUCCUGCUGUGGCUCUGCUGAUGAAGAAUCCUGUGUUGUCACUGUGGAAGCUCAGAUUUGAUCCCUUGCUUGGGAACUUCCAGGUGCCACAGGUACAGCUGCAAAAGAAAAAAAAAGGAGUUCCCACUGUGGCUCAGUGGAAAUGAGCCCUGCUAGUAUCCAUAAGGAUUCGGGUUUGAUCCCUGAUACUGCUCAGUGGGUUAAGGAUCUAGUGUUCCUGUGAGCUGUUGCAUAGGCUAGCAGAUGCAUCUCCAAUUUGACCCUGAACCUGGGAAGUUCCAUAUGCUGCAAGUGCAGCCCUAAAAAGCAAAAAUAAAAAAUAAAAACUUCCAAAAAAAAAAAAA